UAAAAUCAGACUUCUUGGAAGCGAGUACUAGUAGACAUCACUAGCAGCGUUUUUUAAUUUCAUUUAUUGCAAUCAAUUAAACAUUUAUUAUCAUUAUGAAAGUAUUUGUUGCCUUAUCAGCUUUGUUGGCAAUUGCUUCUGCCACUCCUCUGUUGAAUCGUCUAAUUGUUCCUUCGAGUCAAUAUCACUCACAGGAUGGAAUUGGUCAAUAUGCCUAUGGUUACAAUGACCACUUGUCUUCUAAGCAGGAGAUAAAAUCUCUGGAUGGCAUCACCAGAGGAUCAUACAGCUACAUUGACUCAAACAAUGUUCUACAAACAGUUGAUUAUGUAGCUGAUGCUGGUGGUUUCCGAGUUUCAGCAACCAAUUUGCCAAAACCUGUUGCAGCUCCAGUUGUACCUGCCCAGGAUAUUCCUCAACAAGUUGCAGAAACUCCAGAAGUUGCUGCUGCCAAAUCUGCUCACUUUGCUGCAAUUGAAGAAGCCAAACUGAGAAAUGGUGUAGUUUCAGUUCCAGCUCUAUUCCCAUUCCCAGCUGGACAACCUCAACAAGUUCAAGACACACCAGAAGUUGUUCUUGCUAAAGCUGCUCAUUUUGUUGCCAUAGAAGAAGCCAAAAGACGAGUUCCAGCUCCAAUAGUAGAACUCCCAAAACCAAUUGCGGACACACCUGAAGUUGCCCAAGCUAAGGCAGAACAUCUGAUUGCAGUCGAACAGGCAAAACUGAGGAACUCCUAUCAACCCAUUUAUAGUGGAGUUACAAUUGUCCAAAGUCCUUCCUUGAUUCCAUCACAAGGACAAAGACCACUUCCGUCCUCUGGAUCGUCAUACCCUUAUGGUGUUGUCAAUGGCCCUUAUGCGAACUACCCCUACUCACCAUACGUAAGGUACCAUCAAUUAUACAAUUUUUGAAACAGCUGAACUGCUAAUUCGUAUGAGAGUUAUCAAAUUUGGGCCCUUUGAAUUAUAUAUCUAACUGAUGAAAAAUAAAGUACACACAAGCAAUUAUAAUUUU